AUGACGUUAAAUAAUAGUGAAUUAGCAGGUGAAAAAACACUAACCUGUUCUAAUAAUCAAAAGACACCUUUAUUUCAGGAACAACAGAAAAUUAGUCUUUAUAAAGCACUUAAACAGCGUUCACUACAACAUCAUCCAAAAAUAUUUGGAAGACGAUGUAUAGUGCCAGCAAGAUCAAUUCUUCCAUUUUAUAAAAGUCGCAGUGAUAAAGUGUAUCAAUUCAUUUUCCCUGAUAAUGAAUUUUGUACCCCUUUUAUUUGUGAAUUUGCUCAUAGAACACAUGAUGGUAAUCUUCUUGCUGUUGGUGAUGAAGAUGGACGUAUUUCAUUACUCAGGACAGAUAAAAAUAAUGAACAAAAUAAUCUCCAGUUUCACCAUUCAUUUUAUUGUCAUCGACAUGCUUUGACAGAUGUUAAAUGGAGUCCAGAUGACACUAUGCUAAUUACAGCAUCCACUGAUAAAUUAAUAAGACUUUGGGAUAUGAAUAUUCAAACUUCACUAGCUGAAUUUCGUGGACAUGGGGACAUUGUGAAAUCAGUCAACUGGCAUCCAACAAAUCAAAAUUUACUUGUGUCAGCUUCUAAAGAUGGUUCAUAUCGUAUUUGGGAUACACGAUAUAAACAAAGACGCCCAGAAAAUCCAGGUGAUGACAAGAGUAUACCUAUCUAUGAUUCCAUUAAACAUGAACCUUUUGCACAUAGUAAUAUCACCUCACCUGCAAUUACUUCAUCAUCAAAAACAACAAAAAAAAGGACCUAUCUCUCGUCUAUUACGAAUACAAGAAAGAAACCCACGUCUGGACCACAACCCCUUCUUAUUCGAUCUGUAACCUGCGCAGUGUUUAACGGACAGCACGAAGAACAGGUCAUUACCAGUGGCAGUACAGAUGGAGCAAUUAAACUCUGGGAUAUUCGAAUAGGCCGAAAGCCCUCUGUCCUUGCUUCUACCAUCUUUAGUUCGCCUGAGACUGGUAAACGAAAUGGUAUUGCUGAUAUGAAAUUAGCGAACGAUGGAAAACGUCUCUUUAGUUGUUGUAUGGACAAUACAGUCUAUAUGCAUUAUUUAACGGAUUUAACUCGACCAGCGAAAAAGUUUAGAGACCCACACUAUAAGGUAGGAGGGUUUGAUAUUCGCAUUUCUAUUUCUUCAGAUGAUCGGUUUUUGUUGUCUGGAUCCUUCGAUAAAGAUGUAUUUGCAUGGGAUUUAGAAGACCCAAUAUCAGAGAGGGAGGCAUCUUAUCAUUUUCAAGGACACCAAAAGAAAGUGAUAGGUGUAUCCUGGCACAAAAAAAAUAAUAGUCAGUUUGCUAGUUGUUCUGAAGACUUUACUACUAGGAUUUGGCAAAUUGAUCAUUAA